UAUAACAGCUCCUUCAAAAUUCUAUACCUCUAAUUAACACUCUACUCAAUACUUAUGGCUAAAACCCAGCUGCAAAAGCUUACUGCCACCAGCUUCCUCAUUCUCAUCUUUACAAUUCUCUUCUCCUUAACCCUUGCCACCGCAAAAUCUCAUCGUUUCUCAAGAAGCAUAUCCCCUGAAACACUAGGACUCAAGAAGGAGAAGCUGAGCCACUUUCACUUUUACUUCCAUGACGUACUCAGCGGGCCAAGGCCUACAGCUGUUCGUGUAGCCAGCGCAACCAUGACGAACACUUCAGCCACUUUGUUUGGCUCCAUGGUGAUGAUGGAUAACCCUUUGACGGUUGCGCCUGAGUUCGACUCCAAGCUUGUGGGAAGAGCACAGGGAAUUUAUGCAUCUGCAUCGCAAACCGAGGUUGGUCUUUUGAUGGUUUUGAACAUUGCUUUCACUCAAGGUAAGUACAAUGGCAGCGUUCUUAGUGUUUUGGGGCGUAACCCCGUAUUUUCCACCGUGAGGGAGAUGCCGAUCGUUGGUGGGAGUGGGCUUUUCAGAUUUGCACGUGGCUAUGCUCAGGCCAAGACUCAUUCGGUUGAUCUCAACACCGGGGAUGCUGUGGUGGAGUACAAUGUCUAUGUCUUCCAUUAUUGAUAUUAUCAUGGUCGGAUUCUGUGGGUUUAAUUUCUAUUACUAGGACUUUUUCUUCUCCUCUAAUGUCCUUUCGCUUCCAAAGUUUAAAGUGAAAAAUAAGAGGUGGGAUUGUAAUUGGCUCUAUAUAAGUAAAUUAUGUAUUCUCAACAAUUAAAAAUUUAA